AUUUUGAUUUUAUUUCCCUCCUAUCAUAUUUUACACGUAACUUACUACCUAAUAAAAAUUAACCACAACAUACCUAGUUAGUGUAUUAGGUACUAAGUUUAGAUAUUAUGAAAAGUGCAAAUAAAUACAAAUGGAAUGAUUUUGAAGCUUUUAAAUACUAAAAAUUAUGUGCCAAAUGAAUGUUUCUUAUCAUGUAAUAUUUAAAUUAAAAUGAACUGAUUGUGGUGUGUUAAAUAAAAUUUUGUAAUAUGUAAAGUUAAUAAUAUGAAUAAUAUUCCUGGCACAAGUAAAUCGAUAUACAAUCUCGACGACGAAGAUGAAGUGUUUGAUGAUUCCUCGUUUCUGGCAAAUUUUGAGAAUUCUUCCUUUAGGGAAAAUCCCAAGAUUCCUAUCGCUGAUGGGAAUAAUUCCCUUAACAAGAGUGGACUAAACGUUAGUGCACUUUGCUGCGAUGAGGAACUUAAUGGAUAUGACAAACUUACAGGCAAGACAUGGAUUUAUCCCACCAAUUAUCCCAUUAGAGAUUAUCAGUUCAAUAUUAUUAAAGCUGCCAUCUUACAAAAUACACUAGUCAGUCUGCCAACAGGAUUGGGAAAGACAUUUAUAGCAGCUGUUAUUAUGUACAAUUUCUACAGGUGGUAUCCACUUGGAAAGAUUAUAUUCACAGCCCCCACCAGGCCGCUUGUAGCUCAACAGAUAGAUGCAUGCUAUAACAUUAUAGCUAUACCUCCCAAUGAUACAAUAGAGAUGACAGGGCACAUGCAAGUAAAUACCAGAAAAAUACAUUGGCAAAGUAAGAGGGUAUUCUUUGCGACACCCCAAGUUAUUUACAAUGAUAUCAAAUCUGGAAUAUGUCCUGGAGAUAAAAUCCGGUGUCUUGUAAUUGAUGAAGCACACAGGGCAAGAGGGAACUAUGCCUAUUGCCAGAUAGUGUCCACCCUCACUGAAAUGGGACACAAGACAUAUAGAAUGCUGGCUUUGUCUGCCACGCCAGGCAGUAGAGUGGAUGAUGUUGUUAAUGUAGUAAAGAAUCUGCAUAUUGCUCACCUCGAGUUAAGAUCAGAGAACUGUAUUGAUGUGGCUCCAUACAGUCACUCCCGCAAAAUAAACACUGUAGUCAUUCAACUGGGCCCCGAAUUGUCUCAGCUACGGCAACAGUAUGUUGAGAUUUUAGAUGGUUAUGCUCGCAGAUUGAAACAAUAUAAUAUACUCUCACAAAAUUUAGGUAAUAUGUCUAAGGGUCGAAUAGUAAUGCUAUACAAAGAAUUUCAAAGCAAAGAAAGGGGACAAAGGCAUCCACAACAUAACAACAUCAUGAAAGACUUCACAUUGCUAAUUACUCUGUACCAUGGUCUGGAAUUACUAAUCAAACAUGGUUCUCGAGUGUUCCUGAACUUCUUCGAUGAACAUCCAGAGAAGUCGUGGAUGCAGGCUGACGACCGUCUCACGAUGCUGCUCGAGAGACUCCGAGACGACCUUGGAGUCAACCCAUUGUCGUUAGACAGGAGUAUAUUACCCGACGGUACUAUACCUGAGUUACCAAAAAACUUGUGUUUCGGACAUCCCAAGUUUGACAAGUUGAAGGAAAUCAUGAUAGAGCACUUUACUAAAGCCAAACGGAAUGGCCAGGAUACUAGAGCUAUAGUGUUCUGCGAGUACCGUGAAAGUGUGAAUUUAGUGCACUGCUUACUGCUGCAGUGCCGACCACUCAUCGUGCCUCAAAUGUUCGUGGGACAGGGUACAUCAGCAGGCAGGGCGGGCGCGGGCGGCGGCGUGCCGCAGCGGCAGCAGCUGCGCGUGCUGCGCGCGUUCGUGUCGGGCGCGUGCAACGCGCUGGUGGCCACCUGCGUCGCCGAGGAGGGGCUCGACGUCGGCGCCGUCGACCUCAUCCUCUGCUUCGACAUCUCCUCGCGCUCGCCCGUCCGCCUCGUGCAGAGAUGCGGACGUACAGGAAGAGAGCGCGGUGGGCAAGUUUACAUACUUGUCACAGAAGGAAGGGAGCAUCAGACAUUGAUAGAUUGUAUGCGACAAAGAGAUGGUCUCAAUACGAAGAUAAUGCAGUCGACAGAGGUGAAGAAUAGCUUGUAUAAGAACAACCCGCGGUUGAUCCCGCGCGACUUCACGCCGCAGUGCCAGAAGAUGUUCAUCACGGUCGCCAAGAAGAAUGAACCGAGGGACAAAAAUAAAGACGUCAUUGAAAAAUCUAAAAAGGGCCAAAAGGACCUGCGCAGUAUGCUAUUGCGUGCAUCAUCUUCUAGCAGCUCCAGUACAUCCAAGGAUGACACUACUGGUAUCCUGGUCACCGAAGAGGAAUUCAGUGAAAUGUAUCCAAAUGGUUUCUGUGUUACGUCAUCACUCGCUGAACCUAAAGAGUACUGGAUUAUGAAUAAAGAUCAAGUAAAAAUGGCGAGUAGUUCUGAAAACAAAAAUGAAUUACAACUUUACACUUGGCUCGAGUGGCAGAGAACUUUACAAAAAACUGUCAAUAUUGAUCACUCGAAAGACAGUGAAAUCCUAGCAUCCUUACUUCAGUACAGUGAUGCGAAAAGAUUCAAUUUUCCAACUUCUACACAGAAUCCAAAUUUUUAUACGCAAGAUACAGCUAUCCAAAACGCCAUGAUACCAUCUCCAGCUAAAAUAAGACAAAAUAAGAAAAAAACUAAAGUUAUCCCAACAAAAUCUCCGUGUAAAAAAGACGGUGAUAUCAGAGCUCUUUUCAGUACAGCAACUAAAUCUACUAAGAGUUAUACAAAACUAAUAAACGACUUAGGAAUUCAGAAUAAUGAAAAUGUUCCUACGCAUCUAAUCAAUUUGUUAGUUGAUUUAAGUUUAGAAAAUACUAACCAGGCGAAAGAGUGUUAUAUUUGUCGCAGUGUGUGCAAUUGUAAAUUUAUAAAAGAUAUUAAAAAACACAAGAAUAAAUUAUCGGUAUCAUUAGGAUUUCUGACAGAACCUAAAUUUCCUGAUCUCGAUAUGAUUGAUGAUGUUAAUGCAAAUUCCCUAUUGGAAUAUAGGAAACAAGUUGAUGAAAAUAAAAACAUAUUUGAUCCAAAUAUGGAUAUUCUUAAUAAAGACAAUGAUAACACUGUAAAUAAUUUCGAUUUACAGUUGGAUUUUAGUUUAGACGAUCAAUGCGAUUUUGCCGCAGGCACAUUUACACCUGAAAAGAGUAAUAGUAAAUCAGAGCCUCAUAAUAACUCUAGUUUUGAACAACGGGACGACUUAAUAGCUUCUAUAAAUCUAAAAUCUCCAGAUAAUAGUAAUAAAGAAUCAGAUAAAAACUUUGAAAUUGGAGAUCUUGAAGAUAUAUUUGCUGACAGUAGUCCUGAAGAAAUCGCUGAAAUGCAAAUAAAAGAUAAAGAAGCAAAAUGUCUUGACACUGAGGACAAACCGAAAGCUACAACAGAAGUUUUAAGUUUCUUUGGAUUAGAUAGUGUUGAAGACAUAUUUGCAGAUUCGGACAGCAACGAAUGUAUGCCAGUUGAAGUGCAAAAAAAUAAAGACAAUGAAAAUGUUAAGGAAGUUGAAGAUCCGGUAUUCGAAAAUCCUGGUAGUCCCUCUAUUUUGUCAGGUAGAAUACGACCUAUAGUACUCCCUACGUCGCCAAUACUUUGCAGUCAAUCUAGUAAGUUUAACUUAAGCAUUAAAAGGGACUCCUUUACAAAAGCAUCAACUAGCCACAAUAAAAGUCCAAGUAAUAAUGUAAAUACAAAAUUAAAUCUAUCGCCAAGUCUUAGAGAUACGAGCAACAAAAGCAUGUAUACUAUUACGCAACUUGUAGAAAUGAUAAAUAAGUCGAGUAACGAAAAGUCUACUGUACAAAAAUCUGUAGAUGAACAGAGAGAUAUUUUAAAAGCAGAAGAAAGAAAUACAUCUCCUAUACUUUUUACACAGGCCGAUAGGAAAAAAAUAUUAAAUACGUCCAAAAGAAGCUCACCUUUUGUGACGCAGGAAAAGAAAAAAGAAAGUCUUAUAAUAAUAGACAGCGAUAGUGAUUCGUCUGAUACAGUUGUAUAUGAUGCAGAAUUGGAAACAAGUCCUGUAAUAAUUACUAAUAAGAAUGAUAAAAGCAAACCCAAUAAGACAAACGUCCCUCCAAAUAGCAGUAAAAGGAAGUUAGAUUUCGAAAGUGACGACUUUACAACUUCAUCACCAUACUUUAGCAAGAAACAAAAAUUGAAUAAUAAUGUCAGCAAACCGAUGACUUUACAAGAAAAAGUAAUGGCGUCCUUGACAUCAAACAAAAUGGAUAGUAGUAAUUUUUAUAAUAACGAUGCUACUGUGAAUUUCAUGUUAUCGCCACAGAAGAUUUUAUCAUGGAAAGAGAAUCAAAAUCCUCUAGAACCAUCUAAAAAAUUAUUUAAUAGUUAUGACAGUAAAGAUUCCAAAACAGACACUUUAGAAAUGUUACAAAUGUUUAAACGCGACAGUAAAUUGAGAAGUCCAUUAUCAAAAUUAAAUACAUCACAAAGGAAUGGAAUCGAAUGGACACGUAAAAGAAAAAUAUCGUUUAACGAUAGUGACGAUGACUUCGUUGAUGGCGAAAAACAUAGUCGAAAUAAAAUGUCUGUGAAUGGUAAACUUCAAUGGGUGCCUGUAACUGAGAAAGAAAAUAGUAAUAAACUUACAACAAAUCAUAAAGUCAGAAAAAAAAAGAGAAAACAAAGCGAAUUCCUAGAGCUCGAAGCGGAGUUAUCGGACUGCAGUGCAGAUAGCGGCGACGAGCUAACAGACGACAGUACAGGCAGCAUCGUAGACUUCAUUUGCGAUGACAAUGCGGGCCACGACGACCAACAUACUGAUAUGCACGCGCAUUAUUUGCAAUCUGUUAAGAGCCCUGUAAAAGGAUAUUUCAAAAUACCGCAUUUGCCAAAAAAAUAUGACAAAGAAGAAGUAUUUUCGCAAUUUGUCGAGGACGAUACCUACGAAAUGGAUAGUUUUUGUGUGGACUCACAUAUCGGACUGACUCAAGCUAAUGACAUAUCAGAAUUAGAGAUCGCAGAGAAAAUUCUAGAAGCGAAACGACGAGCUAAGAAGUCUUAUAAAAAGAUCCAGGAUCCUGAGGACAGUCCGGUGAUCGUACGAAAAAAUAAAAAAUCUAGACAAAUACAAAGUGAUUCCGAAGAUAGUAGUUAGCAGUAACAAACUUAUAGAGGUGUAUUACACUAUCAAAUUUAUAGAAUCAUUUAUAUGUUUUGGUCAUAAAUAACGAGACCGAUUCUGAGAUAUCAUUUCUCUUAACUCUAAACCUAAUAUUUUAAUUUGAUAAUUCCACGAAAUUAUUGUUUUAUGAACCAUCGUAAGCUAAAAUUAUAAUAAAUUUGAUUUAAAUCUAUUAUAGAAUUUGUUCAAAUUUUCAAUAUCGAUUUCGCUAUGAUAUCUAAUUAAAAUUUUAAUGUUAGAGAUAAUUUUAAAGUAAUAACACUUCAGAAUUUACGUCACCAGGUAAUAAGUGGUCUCAUAAAUUCAAAACUAUAUGGAGUCGUAAUUCAACAUUGAGGCCUUGACCGCAAAAACUCGAUUUUUCUUAUAACUGACUGAUUAUUGGAAUGAGGGUUAAGCCUUCUAAAAUUUGUCCUACUUAAAAAACAUAACUGAUGAACUGGAAAGAGGGUGAGGGUGUUUACAUUCCCUUGGUAUGAACAAAUUAUAACAGACCUGAAUCUAAGAGUAAACAUCUUAGCAUUAAAGCAUUUUAUGAUUUUGAAAAUAUAUCAAUAAUUAAGUAAUUGAUUUAGAUAUUAUGAUUUAAUAUAUACAUUUGAUAGAGUAAUAUAACCCUCUAACAAAUGUCCAGCUGGUUUGGACAUUGAUAUACUGUGAUAUUAACCAUAUUGGAUAAUCUAUCCUGUGUUCAAUAUUAUAUGUUACUAUUUAUAAGUCAACAAUAAUUUAUAUCUUAUUAUAAUUUUAAUCAAUGCUAAAUGUAUCUUUUAAGAUAAUUCAUUCAAAGUUCUUUGUUUGUGACAGAACACGAUUAUGUAUAAAAUAAUACAGUACCAUUAUUUUCAA